UCGAAAGCGGGCGUUCGUUUCCCGCUCCGUCAUCUUCAACGAAGCUCUCUCUGAGAAUUGCAGGCAAAAGCUCCAAAAACAAUGGAGGAGACGAUAGCGGCGCUCGGCAAAAGCCUCGGCCAAUUCUGCAACCACCUGCAGAGCAGCGUCGACGCCCUCCACCAAUCCCUCGAUCGCCGCCCCAUCCCUCUCGAUUCCGCUUCUUCGACCUUCAUUCAGUGCCUGAACCGCCGCGUGUCGACCGCGAGCGGCGAUCUCGAUUUGCUGGACUCCAUGACUUUCGGGACCGUUUCGUUUGAGGAGCUGUUGGGUCACUGCAACGAGGUCUUCAAGAAGAACCAGAGCGACCUCGCUCAGCUCGAAGAACGCCUUAAGAGCUUCGGCUACGUCCCCGAUGUUGACGAUGUUGAAGAAGAUACAGUCGAUGACUUAUCAAGCGCUCUUGAACUUGAUCCAUUAUCAAGUGAUGGAUUUGACCAGCCAUCUUCAUGUUCGGAACGACUUACUGCAGCGUCUUCUAUGACGAAGAGUUUUGAAGAAGAUUCUCUAUUUGAUGACUCCAUCAGCUUGAAAAGACUUGGUAUAUCUGACGUAGCUCUGGCCACAUUAGCUUUGGAAGCUAAUGGCAAGACUCUUGAGCCAAAUCUGUGUUCGAGACAACCACAAAGAAAUCAAGAGGAUAAGAUGCAUGACCUGGAGGGGCCAUAUCAACCUGCUACGGUGAACUUGGGGGCAAGUGAAGUUGAAGGUCCAAAAUCUGUAGUUAAGGCAUCAAAAGAUGAGUACGAAAGUCUUCCUUCCUACAUGAAAGGUCUUGCAUCAUGGGAGGAUUUGCUUAUAGCUAUUGAGAAGAUAAACUCAUACCUAAGCAAGAAGGAGAACUGUUCAGAAAACAGGAGCUUCUUUCAAGACGAAAUAUCAUCAUUGGCAUUGGGGCCCAAGGCGAGAUCCUAUCUGCUGCUGCUUACUCGCAUGAAGCACCUAGUUGUUGAGACAGUUGAUGGAUUGAUCUCGUACAGAGUUUUAUAGAAGGAAGUACCUUUGCAGAAAUAUACUUGUUGGAAUUACUGUGUCCAGUUUGUAUCAGCCUCAGACAUGCAUUGUUAUGCACAAGGCUUGACAUAAACAUUUUUCUAAGCACGAGUUUAGUGGAGAAAUCAUCUUUUGUUAAAUGAUUACUUUAUUACCGCA